AUUUAAUUAAAAAUGUUUAUAUUUUUAAUUAUUAUUCUUGGACUAACAGAAGCUAAAUCGAUAACCUAAACUUUUACCAUGAGAUAGCUUUAAAAACAAUAAUAUAUACCAUUAAAUAAAUUUGGCAGCAGAAGAAUAGUUAAUUAUAAAAUAUUGUAAAUUUAAUUCUUUUAUUCUAGAUCUCGCAUCAUAAAACCCCCAAAAGAUUACGAAAACAAAUAAUUUAAUAUUGAAAUAGAUUUUUUUCAAUAAGACCGUUGGUAGUAGGCAUUAUAAAAAGAUGAAUGCAGUAGAUCAGAUGAAGCGAAUCUUAUUGUGCAUCAAUAGAUAGAAGCAAGUUAAGAUGAAAAAAUUUCAUCUCUAGAAGGAUCAGUGGGUUUUGGAAGAUAUCAUAAUGUUUGGCUUGCUGUUUUAAAUAAUUGUUAACAUACUAUCGAUAAAAUUAUAAAGCUCAAUAAUAAAAACACAAAAUUAGAAAUCACAGUUUGGUUUUAUGAUGAAGGAGGACAAGAAUUCUCUUUGGAAGAGGAAGGACUUUUAAGUGUAGUAUUUGUCUUAACAAUAUUUACAAUAAUAGGAUUUAUAUAUAAUUACAGUAUAUUUAAAUCAGAAUUAAAAAAAUAUGGAGAAUGGGAUUAUGCUUAUUUAUUUGUUCUAGUUGUAAUUGGUUUAGAAGCAAUACAAAAUUUACUAAAUUUUAUACAUUUAAUAGUUUAUAAUCUAAAUGGUAAGGGAAUAGGGGCAUUUUCAACUAUUUCAGAAAUUAUAUAAGUUAUUGAUAAUUAUUUACUAAUGAUUUUAUUAAUAUUGUUAGCAUGGGGUUGGUCAAUAGAAUUUUUAGAUAUGGAAGAUUGGGAUAUUUAUGGACCAUUAGCAUUUUUUAUAGCUUUUGCUUAAGCAUUAAUUGUUGGAUUGGGGAGAUUGGUGAGUAGUUAAACAGAUUAUCAUAUUUAUGAAGGAUGGGUAGGUUACACUAUUAGUUUAAUCUAUUUAUCUCUAGCUUUCUACUUUUAUUAUUCAACUAAUUAGAGAAAAAAGAAAGGAGAUUCUAUUGAAAACUUUUAUUGUCAAUUGAAAAUUUAUGGAAUGUUAUUUUUUCUUGCUUUUCCUUUUUUUCUAUUUAUUUCUAAAUUAGUUGAUCCCUACAAAUCUUAUAAAAUUAUCAUAAUGGGAAAUAUGUUUGUACGAAUAUUAAAUAUAGUUUUAAUGUCAAGAUUAUUUACUGGUAAAUCUUCUGAAUAUUAAAAAAUCUGUAUUAAAGGAAAAUCCUUUUUAGAUAGAGGAAAAUUAUUAUGA